CAAAGGGGUUGUUCUAAUGCGGCUCGUACUUGGAUAUUAGGAGACGUGGCCGGCUUGAACUGGUACUAAUGGAAUGGACGCACUCUCUGAGAGAGGAGGAUGCUGAGUCGAAAUGAGCACAGAGGCGUGUGCAGGCUGCUCUCAUCAGUGAUGUCUGGAACUGAGUCUCACGCUGACAGAGAGGAGGACUACAGGUUCCUCCACAGCAUGUUGAUGGAGAAGAAGCUUCACCUGCUCUUUAAGAUCCACGAGCGGCUGAAGCGUUUUGAGAAGCGAAGCCCUGUCCCCGUCCAGGAACAAGCAGCGACCCUGGCCUCAGAUUUGGCACAGGAGCUGAUAUACCAAGGCUGGAGAGAUGAAGUCCAAGAGCUGUUUGCACUUUUUUCCAAACCCCACUUUAAGAGUCUCCUGUUUGUCCACGACGCUGUGGCUCAGAGAGACUUCGAACCAGCUCUGCCGCCCAUACCUGAUGACGCCCUGGACGAUGAGGAGGAUUCGGUCAAAAUUGUCAGUUUGGUCAAAACCAAAGAGCCACUGGGGGCGACAAUUAAGAAGGAUAAAUCCACUGGGGCUAUUGUUGUAGCGAGGAUCAUGAGAGGAGGGGCGGCUGAUAAAAGUGGCCUGAUACAUGAAGGAGACGAGCUGAAAGAACUGAAUGGAGUCUCACUGAAGCACAGGAAGCCGAAGGAAAUCCUUCCUCUACUGGCUCGCUCUCAGGGAGAGCUUAAAUUUAAAAUCAUCCCUGCGUCCUCCAGAGAGGAAAUGUCAUCAAAUAAGAACAAGGUGUUUGUGCGGGCUCUGUUUGACUAUGAUCCCGUCGAGGAUCCCACCGUCCCGUGCAAGGACGCAGCGGUAGCUUUUAAAAGGGGCGACAUCCUCCAGAUCGUCAGCGUGGAGGACGACACCUGGUGGCAGGCGUGUCACCUCGGAGAGGGACACAGUCGGGCCGGGCUCAUCCCCUCGCAGCAGCUGCACGAAAGAAGAGUUGCACUACAGCGACCCAAAGCUCUGUUCAAGCCUCGCCGAGUCAAAGCACCAGCUGAGAGGGAAGUCACGGAGGACGUAGACUAUGGAGCUAUAACUGGGAUCCACAUCGCUGGUUUAAGAAGGAGUUUCCGACUCGGCAGAAAGAGCAGCUUGGCCAGAGAGGCUGCUCGGUCAAGGAGAUGGAGCGCUGGCCUACAUGGCUCAAUUCACCCACCUACCUACAUAGAGGUGAUCCCAUACCACAGACACCCAGGGGACAGACACCGUCUGGUAGUGCUUGUUGGGCCCAGCGGCGUUGGCGUUAAUGAACUGAAGAGGAGGCUGCUGAUCUCUGACCCCGACCUCUACGGCGUCACCGUACCGUACACCACACGUGAGAAGAGGAGGCAGGAAAGCGAAGGGGUGGAUUAUCACUUCGUAUCCGUUCACACGUUUGAAGAGCUCAUUCUGAACAAUAGGUUUAUUGAAUAUGGGAGUUAUAGAGGUCACUACUAUGGAACAAGUCUAGACUCUGUGCACAGAGUGAUGGCUGAGGGCAAGGUGUGCCUCCUGGACGUACACCCCAGUAAAAUAAAACAUGUGUACACGUCUGAAUUCAAACCAUACGUGGUGUUUAUGAAGCCCCCUCGCAUAGAGGAGCUGCGCCUCACCAGGCGGAGGGCUAAAUUUGCCUGCGAUGAAGAGGAAGCCAACGCAGUCCGGGUCUUUUCAGAGGAGGAUUUCGAGGACAUGAUCGAGCAGGCUGGGACCAUGGAGAGCCAGUACGGUCACAUGUUCGACAGGGUGAUCGUCAACGGGGACAUCGCUACGGCAUUCAGGGAGCUGAAGGCCGACCUCCAGCAGCUCCAGGGGACAGAGGUCCAGUGGGUCCCCGCAGAGUGGGCCUGCACCUUACCGGCAAAAGCCCAUAGAAGCUGUAGUAAUUUAACCGGCUGGAUUUGAAUCAUGACAUUUUUUUAGAUGUCUUUUAGAACAAAGAAUAAAACGGCAUUAAUAGCACGUUAAUUUUAUGUUAAGGUAUAACUUUAAGCACUGGAUUUCUGUCAUAUUUUAAAUACUUUUCCAUGUGUAAACAAGCCCGGUGAUUGCUAAAGUUUUCCACAGCGCUCCGUAGUGUGUAUUUAAUUAGGUAGAAUCCAUCUCUCUCUCUAUGUCUUUCUCUGUCUGCAUUUGUCCCAGAGCCAGCGUUUCUGUUGGCAUUUGGCUGAAACAACUUUGGGACGAAGAAGACGAAGAAGAAGAAGAAAAAAUAAAAAAGAAAAGGAAACUCUGCAGAGUUUGCGGCUGAGCGUAAUCCUUCCCUGCCAAGUCGCAAACAUCAGCAUGUAAUUAUUCUGACAGCUGCUGCACUUCAAUUAACUGUAAUGUACACCAGGAAAAUAUUAUUAGCAGCAGUCGGGGAGACGUUUUCGCCAACAACGCGCUGAAAGAAACAGAUAGACAAACAUGAUAACAAUAAUAGACUGUGGAUGAAGCAGAAUAAAACCCUUCUUAUGACUGUAAGCUAGUGCUGUUUCCAGUAACUAUCCUACGCACCAUAGCAUCGCGGCUGAUUUUCAGAGCUUGAAACGUUGAAAAUCCUCUUCAUUACACAGCAUUAAUCACAGAUACA